AUGUUAGUGAAUAAUUUCUUAAGAUCACUUAGACCUGUUCGUUAUAAUCCUCAGAUAUUAACCAAGAACUUCAGUUCUAGUAUCAGAAGAUUCAACGAAGUGAAUAUUCCUAAAACUUAUGAAGAAGAAAAAGUCGUUAUUGAUGAAUUAAAUACUCAAUUACCAGAGAAUGAUCUUUCAGCAGCUCGUAGAUUAAGAAAUAUUGGGAUUUCAGCUCAUAUUGAUUCCGGUAAAACUACUUUCACUGAAAGAGUUUUAUUCUAUACCGGUAGAAUUAAAGCUAUUCAUGAAGUUAGAGGACGUGAUUCAGUUGGAGCUAAGAUGGACCAUAUGGAUUUAGAAAGAGAAAAAGGUAUUACUAUCCAAUCCGCUGCUACUUAUUGUUCAUGGGAAAAAGAAGAUAAAGAUUACCAUUUCAAUUUAAUUGAUACCCCAGGUCAUAUUGAUUUCACUAUUGAAGUUGAAAGAGCUUUAAGAGUUUUAGAUGGGGCUGUUUUAGUUGUUUGUGCAGUUUCAGGUGUUCAAUCCCAAACUGUUACUGUUGAUAGACAAAUGAGAAGAUAUAAUGUUCCAAGAAUUACUUUCAUCAACAAGAUGGAUAGAAUGGGUGCUAAUCCUUUCAAAGCUAUUGAACAAAUUAAUGCUAAAUUGAAAACUCCUGCUGCUGCUAUUCAAGUACCAAUUGGUGCUGAAGCUGAUUUGAAAGGGGUUGUUAAUAUUAUUGACAGAGUAGCCAUCUAUAAUGAAGGUAGUCAAGGUGAAACUUUAAGAUAUGCUGAAGUACCUGAAGAAUUAAAAGAUUUAGUUGAAGAAAAAAGAUCAACCUUAAUUGAAACAUUAGCUGAUGUUGAUGAAGAAAUCGCUGAUAUUUAUUUAGAAGGUGAAGAACCAACUGUUGAACAAAUUAAAAAUGCCAUUAGAAGAGCUACUAUUGGUAGAAAAUUCACUCCAGUCUUAAUGGGUUCAGCUUUAGCUAACACUGGUAUUCAAAACGUUUUAGAUGCUGUUGUUGAUUAUUUACCUCAACCAAAUGAAAUCUUAAAUACUGGGUUAGAAUUAACUAAAGAAGGUGAAAUCCCUGUUAAUUUAGUACCUGCUAGUAAUAAACCAUUCGUUGGUUUAGCUUUCAAAUUAGAAGAAGGUAAAUAUGGUCAAUUAACUUAUAUUAGAGUUUAUCAAGGUAAAUUAAAGAAAGGUACUUAUAUGAAUCAUAUUGCUAGUGGUAAGAAAGUUAAAGUUGCCAGAUUAGUAAGAAUGCAUUCAAAUGAUAUGGAAGAUGUUGAUGAAAUUGGACCAGGAGAAAUUUGUGCUACUUUUGGUAUUGAUUGUGCUUCAGGUGAUACCUUCAUUGGUCAUAAUUCUGAACAAAAAAUUGCUAUGAGUUCAAUGUUUGUUCCAGAAGCUGUUAUUUCAUUAUCAAUUGAACCAAAAUCUAAAGAUAAUGGAGCUUUCUCAAAAGCUAUGAAUAGAUUCCAAAAGGAAGAUCCAACUUUCAGAGUUAAAUUCGAUACUGAAUCCAAACAAACUAUUAUUUCUGGUAUGGGUGAAUUACAUUUAGAAAUUUAUGUUGAAAGAAUUAAAAGAGAAUAUGGUGUUGAAUGUAUUACUGGUAAACCUCAAGUUGCUUAUAGAGAAAGUAUUACUAUGCCAACAACUUUCGAUUACACUCAUAAAAAACAAUCUGGAGGUGCUGGUCAAUAUGGUAGAGUUAUGGGAGAUUUCACUCCAUUAGAAGGUGAAAAUAAAUUCAGUCAACAUAUUAUUGGGGGUAAAAUUCCUGAAAAAUUCUUGUUUGCAUGUCAAAAGGGAUUUGAAGAUUCUUUAGAAAAAGGUCCAUUGAUUGGCCAUAAAGUUUUAGGUGUUGCUAUGCAUAUUAAUGAUGGUCAAACUCAUGUUGUUGAUUCAUCUGAAUUAUCAUUCAGAACUGCUACUCAAGGAGCUUUCAAACAAGCUUUCUUAGAUGCUAAACCAGUUAUUUUAGAACCAAUUAUGUCUGUUGAUGUUACUGCACCAAAUGAAUACCAAGGAAGUGUUGUUGGUUUAGUUAAUAAAUUAGGUGGUAUGAUUCUUGAAACCGUUAAUGGACAAGAUGAAUUCACUUUAACUGCUGAAUGUUCAUUAAAUUCAAUGUUUGGAUUUUCAACUAGUUUAAGAGCUUGUACUCAAGGUAAAGGAGAAUUCUCUUUAGAAUUCCUUAAAUAUUCCGAAUGUUCACCACAAUUACAAAAGGAAUUAAUUGCUGAACAUCAAAAGAAGUUAAAAAAAUAA